UUGUUUUAUUAAUUAAUUGUUUUACUAUUAUGUUAAUUUAUUAAUUCUAUUUAACAAAAUAAAUGCCGGUUUAAAAAAUGGCUACAACGACAUAUCCAAAAAAUAUGAAGAAAACUGUUGUCGACGAAGAAUUGCGAAAAGCAUUUCAAGAGAAACGUAAAGCAAGAUUUGAUGAAAUUCAAGAAAAAAUUAAAUCUCAACGUGAAAAACGUACAGCAUCAAAUGAAAAUUUAACAAAAAUAUCAUCAGCUAGAAAAAUAGUUCCUUCUUCAGCUAGAAAACCAGUUACAACAAGCAAGACUAGCACAACUCCACAAAUAAAAAUGACGAAAGCAAGCCAACUACGUUUGGAGAAAAAUAAUCCUCUAGCUAAAUACAAACCAGAAGAAAUUGAAAAACUUAUCCGUAAUCAAUCUGACGAUACGAAAAAGGUUCCAGCAAGUGUAAAAAGACCAAAUUUUCGUACAUCACCAUGUGCGAAUAACAUGUCAGCCUCAAGUGUCAAUCGAUCAUCUCGAAUUGAAUCCAGACCGAAUACUGCUGCAAGAACAGUUGCCAAACCUCCGUUAAGACGUUCGAUAUCUGCUAUGCAUAUUAAAAACAAAUCACUCCCACCAUCAAAACGUCCUAUGCAUUUAAGAGGAAUACCAAAAGCUCAUUCCGCAGAAAAUAUAUCAAUCCAUAAUGAAAUUAACGUUCCAAGUCCAAUAAUAGAGGAAAAUGAACCACAAAUUAGUCGAACUGGACAGAAAGCGGUCAUGUUUAUGACACCGAAUAAUCCACCAAGAAAAAGUUCUCAAUUUUUGCCUGGUCGUACACCAGCUCCAUCCGAAUUACGUGAACGAUUAUUGAGUUGGUUAAAGAAACGUGGUAAAUCAUUGAACGCAUACUCUCAUUUACGAUGUUUUGGAGUUCAUCAAUCAACACCGUAUCGACCAGCAGGACGUUCCCACGUACAUACCGUCGUGCAGGAUGAAGAAGAUGAAAAUAAAGAAAAUCGACCAGAAUUAGCACCUGCUCCAUCGACAUCCGAUUUUGUACCAAAAGUUGUUGACUAUACAAAUUUCACUAAUGAUAACGAUUUAUUUGGGACACCAAAUCCAAAUACUGACGACAAAAAAUUAGCGCAGGAAGCUUUAUGUGAUUUGCAUGCCUUGAUUUUAGAAAAAUAUCCAGAAGAUCAGUGUAAUGCAUGGCUGUCAGCAUUACAAAAGAAAUACCCACAUUUACAGGAUCAACCACAAUAUUGGGAAUGUCGAGCCGCUUUGGGUGAAUUAAAUGGUGAAUUUAAUGAAGCUGUUGAAUGCUAUCAACAAGCUAUCAUUAGUGGUGCUGAAAUCAAGAAAAUUGACCAUUCGAUUGAAAGAUUAUUGGAGAAGUUUAGUGUCCUGGAUUUGGAUACAUCAACCAAAAAACAAGAUACAAAAGCUAAAAAACAACGUUCGAAAAUUAUUUUGGAUGCUCGAAAUGUUUUUAAAUCUUCAGUUAUUAAGUUUGCUGUGCAACAACGUGAAAGUAGAUUAACUAGAAAAAAUCAAGAUCCAUCCACACCAUUGGUAGCAAAACCCGUUCGUCGUAGUACACGAUUUAGAAAAUCUGUAUUUACCCAAUCAACACCAGUAAACAAUGAAAAAUUAUAUAAUUCUAUUAAUGAGAUUGAGACAUCAAUUGGACAUGUGAGUUUUCAAACGAAUCGUGCAUUGUUUGAACAAUGAACGUUGGGGGUUGAAAAACUAUCACGAAAUAAUAAUAUUGUUACAAAAAAUAUUUAUUUUUAUACG